CAAGUGCGUAAAGUAUAUAUUGACCAGUAUGUUUACGAGCUACCAACGGCACUAGUACCUGAAAGGAAGACAGAGGGAGCUCGCCGCUGCCGCUCCGUUCCACCGCUCGCCGCUGCCCCUGCUCCGUUCCUUUCCGCCGCUGCCGCUCCCUUUUUCUGUAUCAAUGCUAUUGACCCAAAGAUAAGAAAGAUUUUGCUGCUGUUGCGUCUGUAAGACAGAUAUGGUACCAAUGACCGGAGAAUUGGACAUAAUAAAAUCAGAAGGUAAUGGUGGUAUUAAGAAAUCGAAGAAACGCCAAAGGAGUUUGAAUUUGAACAAUACAAUAAUAGAUGAGGAAUAUCUUCAAAAUUAUUAUAAGAGAAGUUUAUUGUGUUCAUCUAAGCCAUCUUACCUUCUUGGACUUGGCUCCCACAAUAUCCGACCCGAAAAUCGUGUUAGAUUGUGCCGUAUUUUGCAGAAGUUGGUUGGGCAACAUAAUUGGGUUGAAGCAAGUGGUGUCCUCAGCAUUUUGUUAAAAGGCACUCACAAAGAGAUUGAUCCUACCAUCAAUCGCUUCAAGUAUUCGGUCUCAAUGGAGAUUAUGAAGCAUCUAGAAAGUGCCAAUUCAAAUUUGAUGGCUGUCGAUGAUAUUUUUGAUACUUGGAUGACGAGGAGUGGAAUCAACAUAUCCAAUAAACAAAAGAAGAAUAGUUCUACAAAGGAGGACAGGUUUCUUGUUCGUUUAGAGUCCAUACUUUUCGGACUGAUGCAGGGAAACAUUGUAGAUGAACGCCAGAAUGCUAGAAGUCUCAUGCAAGAAUCUGAAUUUGAGGGUCAUCCAAUGUUCAAUUUGAUCAUGGGCUUGAUAUUUUUUCAACUUUGGUAUUCUAGCAUCCCAGAACAAAUGCAGUGGAAGGAUUCUGACCAAAUUUAUAGCCCCACGUAUACAGACAUGUCAGUUACUCCUCAAUUAGACAAGUCAGCUACAUUAUUCAGUUGUGAAGUUGGAGGGUCAGAGGGCCAUAAUGCACUCAUCAACAACGAAGCUGAUUCCUUUUGCCAUUGUGGUUCCGAGACUUCUGUCAUGAUUGGUAAAGAAAUGCCAGUGAAAGCAAAUUAUGAUCGUCACAAAGAAGUGGUAGCUAUGGAGGUUGAUGUUAACCUGCAAAAAAAUGUCCAACAAGACUUCCGGCAACAUGGAUUCUAUGUUAGUUCUGCUGAAAAUGAAGUGUCUGUCGAUCAUGAUGGUGGACGUAUGCAUUUUGAGCCCAAUUUAUCUGCCCUUAAGAACUGGGAUUCAUGGUUGUUGCCUUUGCGAACUGAUGAGAAUUGUGGGUCAGAUUGCGCGAUUCAAGACGAUGAAUAUAAUCAUGCAGUGAGGUACUUAAAAGCAGCUAUUUAUUCAACGCCUCCAGUUUUGGCGGCCCUAAUUCCUUUUAUACAGUUAUUAUUGAUUGGAGGCAAGUUUGCCGAGGCCCUUGAUGAACUGAAGAAGUUAUGUGAGAAUUCAAAUUCAGCACUUGCUAAUAGAUUGAGGGCUCACAUUCUAGAGCGUGUUGAUCCUAACAAUGGUGACAUGCUGUCAACCUGUUUUGAGGACACUUUAAAGAAUGAUCCUACAUGUAGCGAGUCAUUGGAUAAGCUUAUCAGCCUGCAUCAGAAGGGGAAUUAUAGCCCCGAGUCCCUUUUGGAAAUGAUUGCGUUGCAUCUGGAGGCUGUCUGUGGGGAACACAAGAUAUGGAAAGAGUUUGCAUUAUGCUUCCUUAAUGUCGCUCGGUACGAAGAGGACAAUAUGUCAGUAUGUUUGCAUGAAAAUGAAGGCGAAAAGGUGCAAGGUUACUCUGUUCGAUACAACAGAAUUCCCAAAUUGUUUAUUCAUGGGAGAUCCGGAAAGGCUUGGAAGUUGCGAUGGAGGUGGUGGUUGACCCGUCAUUUCAGCAACAACCGUUUUGCACAAGAUAUUGCUGCAGGUAAUGUGGAACUAGUGACAUACAAAGCAGCAUGCGCUGCGCAUAUGUACGGGCCACAGUUGGAAUACGUAGUAAGAGCUCGCGCUUGCUUAGAGAAAGAUGAUAAUAGGGAUUUGUUUACGGUGUUGCAACUGCACUUGCAUCAUUUAGUAGGUAUUAAUUUACACUUCGAACUGAGAACCUGCUGAUUGAUUUUUCUUUGUUCUCUCAAAGCAGUGAUUCUUUUGAUUUGGUAAAUAUAUUUUCUUCAUGCUUUGGGACAUUUUA